ACGAUCGCGAUCGUGCAUAGACGGCAGCAUAGACGAAAAAUCAUAACCGUUCCGCGUUCCCGGGGGGUGAGACCGCGUACCAGUACAAAUUGACGAUUCGUGGACCGUCCAUCUCUCUCCCUGGUGGAGGUGCGCUCGGUGCUUGGUGCAAGUGGCCCAAAGUGCAGCAGCAGCAGCAGCAGCAGCAUCUGCCGUGUGUGUGCAAACAGAUUUCUGGUGUUUUUGUGGCCACCGAAGGCGUUUGGCUUUCCGGAGGUGCCCGGCAGAGUAGCCGGUGAUCUCACACUAUCUCGGGCGCCGUCACUUCUCCUUCCGGAAGCGUCGGUCCGGACGUGUGCGGUGUCCUGGUUUGAACCGAUAAGAACUUCAACCAGUCACAGACGGGGGGGAGGCAUAGCUAGCCAGAGCUGUAGUGUAGUUGAUGAGAGAGAGCGCGGCCCUGUGACUAUGCUCCAGCCCCAAUGUGUGUAGUGCCCGGGGGUGGCAGCAUCUGCGAGAACCACGGAGCCGCCAGUCGUCUCGAAACGCUCCCAGGAGCGUGAAGUGUGAUCGUGGAUCGUGGAUCGUGGAGUAGCUCUCGACCAGAGCUAGCGACAGCAGGAAGGACUGCUCGAGUGUGGUCGAUUAAGUGAAGUGAAGUGAAACAAAAAAAACGAGUGCUGGUUGAGGUGUGCUAGACGGUAUACCGGUUCCGUGUGGCGUCCUGAGUCUUCCCGUAAGCCAAAGUUUGUUGCAACUAGAUAAAAAUGAGGCCGAGGAUCGGACCGAUCCUCGCCGUGCUGGUGUACUGUGGCGGUGUGUUAACCGCAGUGAGUGCUAACGAUAAUACACACUACAGCCCACCGCUGGAAUGCAUCGAUCGGUAUGGACGACCACAGCGCUGUAUACCGGAGUUCGAGAAUGCGGCGUACCAGCUGGAGGUGGAGGCAACGAACACGUGCGGCCAGGACGGUGAUACGGAUUUCUGCGUUCAGACGGGUUACUCGAACCGGAAGAGCUGCGACGUCUGCCAUGCCGGUGAACAUUCGCCGCUCUAUCUGACCGAUUACCACGAGCAGAACAAAGCGACCUGGUGGCAAUCGGAGACGAUGUUCGAGGGUGUCCAGUACCCGAACCAGGUGAACCUGACACUGAAGCUGGGAAAAUCGUUCGACAUCACCUUCAUCCGGCUGGUGUUCCAUUCGCCCCGGCCCGAAUCGUUCGCGAUCUAUAAACGCGUCACACCGAACGGUCCGUGGAUUCCGUACCAGUACUACAGUGCGACGUGCCGCGAUACGUACGGCCUACCGGACUCGGUAUCGGUGAUGAGCGGUGAGGAUGAAUCGCGGGCACUCUGCACCAGCGAGUACAGUGACAUCUCGCCACUGCGCGACGGUAACAUUGCGUUCUCGUCACUCGAGGGUCGCCCAUCGGCCAUCAACUUCGAUCACAAUCCGGAACUGCAGCAGUGGGUGACGGCAACCGAUAUCCGGAUCACGCUCGAUCGGCUCAACACCUUCGGUGACGAAGUGUUUGGUGACGCGCAGGUGCUGAAGUCGUACUUUUACGCGAUUGCCGACAUCACGGUUGGGGCGCGCUGCAAGUGCAAUGGGCAUGCGAGCGAAUGCACGACCAGCACGGGACUGGAGGGCCAACGGACGCGCGUCUGCAAGUGUAUGCACUUCACCGAUGGACCGGACUGCGACCGCUGUCUGCCGUUCUACAACGAUGCACCGUGGGGCCGAGCGACAUCGAAGAAUGUGCACGAGUGUAAAGCCUGCAACUGCAACGGUUACUCGACCAAGUGCUUCUUCGAUCGCCAUCUGUACAAUCUGACCGGCCACGGUGGCCACUGUAUGGACUGUGGUGCGAACCGCGAUGGACCGAACUGCGAACGGUGCAAGGAGAACUUCUUCAUGCGCGACGACGGUUACUGUAUCAACUGUGCCUGCGAUCCGGUCGGUUCCCGGUCGCUCCAGUGUAAUGCCGAGGGCCGCUGCCAGUGUAAACCGGGCGUAACCGGGGAAAAGUGUGAUCGGUGUGACAGUAACUACUUCAGCUUCGGACCGCACGGUUGCCAGCCGUGUAAUUGCGAUGUACGCGGUUCCCGCGAUAAUGCACCGUCCUGCGAUCCGGUAACGGGCAUGUGCGAUUGUAAGGAAAACGUCGAAGGACGCCAUUGCCGGGAGUGUCGCCUGGGGUACUUCAAUCUGGAUGCGGAGAACAAGUUUGGCUGUACGCCGUGCUUCUGCUAUGGCCAUACGCUCGAGUGUACCAGCGCCAACGGGUACUCGAUCACCUCGACCACCUCGAGCUUCAACAAACACAAGGAAAAGUGGACCGCGGUCACGGAUACGGGCGUCCCGGUUGACGUAAAGUACAACACGCACAGCCAAUCGAUCGGUGUCGGUGCGAACGGACACCGGACGGUGUACUUCCUUGCACCGGAUCGGUUCCUCGGCGAUCAGCGAGCAUCGUACAAUCGGUUGCUCAAGUUCCGGUUACAGCUUGUCGGACAGCAGCGCGUUGACAUCAGUCCGUACGAUGUGGUGCUGGAGAGUGGCAACAGCAGCAUCUCGCUACCGAUCUUCGCACAGAACCAGCGCAUGCCGAGUGAGGAAUCGCACGAGUUUGCGUUCCGGUUGCACGAGAAUCCGGACUACACCUGGACACCGUCGAAUUCGGCGCGCGGUUUUAUGUCGAUCCUGAGUAGCCUGACGGCGAUCAAGAUCCGGGCGAUCUAUAGCGAUCACGGGGAGGCGGUGCUGGACGAUGUGGAACUGCAGACGGCACAUAGGGGUGCGGCGGGACGACCGGCGACCUGGAUCGAGCAGUGUACCUGCCCGGUCGGAUAUCUUGGACAGUUCUGUGAAUCGUGCGCACCGGGCUAUCGGCACAAUCCGGCCCGUGGUGGACCGUUUAUGCCGUGUAUUCCGUGUGAUUGUAACAAGCAUGCCGAGAUUUGUGACUCGGAGACGGGACUGUGCAUCUGUCAGCACAAUACGGCCGGUGAUACGUGCGACAAGUGUGCCAAGGGAUACUACGGAAAUGCACUCGGUGGUACGCCGUACGACUGUAAGCGUUGCCCGUGUCCGAACAAUGGUGCCUGUAUGCAGAUGGCGGGCGAUACGGUCAUCUGUCUCGAGUGUCCGGUCGGAUACUUCGGAUCACGGUGUGAGCUUUGUUCCGAUGGAUACUAUGGUGAUCCGACUGGUGUGCACGGUGCGGUACGUGUCUGCCAAGCGUGCGACUGCAACGGUAACGUCGACCAGAACGCGGUCGGUAACUGUAACCGGACGACGGGCGAAUGUCUCAAGUGUAUCCACAACACGGCCGGACCACACUGUGACCAGUGCUUGCCAGGUCACUUUGGCGAUCCGCUAGCGGAACCGCACGGUAACUGCGAGGAGUGUAGCUGCUAUCCGCACGGUACCGAGCAGACGGAGAAGGGCAUCUCGAUCUGUGACUCGAUCAACGGUGACUGCCACUGCAAACCGAACGUCGUGGGGCGGAUCUGUAACGAGUGCAAGAACGGCUACUGGAACAUCGUGUCCGGCAAUGGGUGCGAGAGCUGCAACUGCGAUCCGAUCGGUAGCUUCAACGCUUCCUGUGACAUCUUCAACGGCGAGUGCUUCUGCAAACCGGGCGUGGUCGGUAAGAAGUGCGACAAGUGUGCGGCCGCCCACUACGGUUUCUCGGACGAGGGUUGCCGGGCGUGCGAGUGUGAUCCGAGCGGUUCCAAGGGUACCCAGUGCGACCAGUACGGGCAGUGUCCGUGUAACGAGAACGUCGAGGGUCGUCGGUGCGAUCGGUGCAAGGAGAACAAGUACGAUCGCCACCAGGGUUGUCUGGACUGUCCGGCGUGCUACAAUCUGGUGCAGGACGCAGCGAACGAGCAUCGGGAGAAGCUGGGCCGGUUGGCUCACAUCCUGAACGAUAUCCAAUCGAAACCGAUCGUCAUCGAUGACAGUGAGUUCGCCGGUAAGCUACACGCGGUACAGGAGAAGAUCGACAUUCUGCUGGAGGACGCCAAGAGUGGUUCGGGCGGCGGUGAGAAGACGCUCAAUGAGAUGCUGGGAGAUCUAGAGGAGCGGUUGGUGGAGGUGCAGAAGCUGCUCGACAACGCGGAUCAAUCGCUCGAGGUGACGAACCGGAAGAUUAGCCAGGGCGGUCAAAACGCGACGCUGGCGAACGGGAAGAUACAGGAAGCUCGGCGUCAGUUGGAUGAUGCCGUUGAGUUGCUGCAAACGGAAGGCAAUACGGCACUGGGAAGGGCACGGGAAAUUUCCGGUCAUCUCGGUAAUCAGACGAACCAGAUCAGUGGCAUCUCGCGUGAGGCACGCCAAUACGCCGAUCGGUUUAAGGCCGAAGCCGAUGCAAACAUGAAGCAAGCCCAGGAAGCACAGGAGAAGGCAUUGGAGGCGCUUAAGAAGGCGAACAAUGCGAUCGCUCAGCAAUCGAACGUGACGAAGGAGCUGGCCGCGACGGUUGCGACGGAGAUUGCGCAGGUCCGGAACAAGCUGAACGCGGUAUCGAAGCUAACCGAUCAGGCAUUGACGAGGGCCCGGGAGGUGAACGAUGAGGCGCUCACACUGUUCGCUGCCGUCAAUCGGACCACACCACCGAACAUCGACAUCAAUCAGAUCAAGAAGGAAGCGGCGGCUUACAAUCGGGAGGCAGAUCGAUUGGCCGAGGAGCUGACCGGCAAGAUCGAUGGAAACUCCAAGCUGUUGAACAACGUGGUGGAAAACAUUCAGCUGGCCGAAGCGCUGCUGAGCAGAGCGGAAAUUCAAAAGGAAGAAGCCGUCACGGCAUUGAAACAGCUGCAAUACGCCAAGGAGCUAGCCGAAAAGGCGGUCGCGGAGGGUGAUGGUACGCUGCGGAAGGCCAACUACACCUACCACACACUGGCCGGGUUCAAGAAUCAGGUCGAGGAGUCGUCGAAACGAGCGAACGAUGCGCUCGCCCUCGUGCCCAACAUUGAACGCCAGAUGCAGGUUUCGCUCGAGCUGCUAGAGGCUGCUGAAGGGGCACUGUCAGCGGCAAGCCGUAAUGCCGAGGAUGCGCGCAAGAAUGCCCAGGUGGCACAGGACAAGUACGCCGAGGAGGCCUCUAAGUUGGCCGAGAGCAUCAAAAAGCGGGCGAACGCAACGAAGAACACGGCCCGUGAUCUGCACCACGAGGCGGACCAGCUGAAUGGACGAUUGGCCAAGACGGACAAUCGGUUGGAAGAGCGUGAGGCCCAGGUGCGCAAGGAUCUGAAUCUGACCAACGAAGCGAAGGAAAAGGUCGGUCAGGCGCAGCUCAACUCGAACGAGGCGAAGCUGCAGGUGGACAAGGCACUCAAGGAGGUCAACCUGAUAAUGUCCGAGCUCGCCAAUCUGCGCGAAAUCGAUGUCAACAGCUUAGACGAUCUAGAGCGUCGCCUGAGCACGGCAGAGAAGGAGCUGGAAGACGCACAGCUCACCAGACGGCUGGCCACGCUGACCGAGGCGAAGAACGUGCAGAAUCAGAACAUCAAGAGCUAUCAGCGCGAGCUGGCUGAGCUGCGGCUCGAGGUGAACAACAUCGAGUUGAUCGCCAACUCACUGCCUGAGGGAUGCUUCAAGCGGACGCACCUGGAACCGUAGAACCGUGCGUGUUCGUGCGCGGAAGGACACACCCCAAACAAAAACGGCCUCCAACAACGAAGGAGGUACGGACCGAUGUGCCACAGAAACAACAACAAAAAUCCAACAGCCAGAGCCAGUGCGUGUGUACGCCCGGUGCUGCUUAUCGGCCAAUACUCUAAUCUUAGUCUAAUCCUACCUAUUACCGUACCGCUCCGUUACUAAUACCUUCAUCAGCGCGAUGAUCCACAGCUCCAUUUCGAGGGAGGUGUGACGCGCAUUAUGCCUGCCAAUUACACAACACACACGCACGCGGGAACACACGAGGACACAUGAACAGGUUAAUUAAAAGUGUUGUUCUUUGCACUUGCACUGUUCUUGGUGGAAAGUAAAUUGCAACUCCCCUGGCACUGGGUUGUGUAGCGCUUUUAAUUUGCUACCGUUGCUAUGAUCCAUACCGACGGAUGGUAGAUUCCACAGUUACGCAUAUGCGGUGCUAUGGCGAUGGUGUCGAAACAAAAAGAUUAACUUGCAUUAGAUUUAGUAAUAUUUAAAUGGAUAAGCUCCUUAUCAGUACCCCCCCUUAACUGAACUACUAACUACCUUUCUAGGAUGAGUGGCCCCACCAGUGAGACACAAAACACUAACCUCGGACUGGUUAUGACCCUUUUCCCGGCGCCGAUUUGUGCCGGUGCUCUCUAUCCUCUGCUCCUUCUGCUCUUGCUCUUAGAUCCCUAAUCCCUAAUCUACGAAGCGUGUGUAUGUGUGUGUAUGCGAGCGUGUGUGUUCGUGUGUUUUGAGUGUUCAACUUAAGUCAUCUGCAACGAUUUCGGUGGGAACUGAUGUGUGGGAAGAAGGAGAAUGUGUUACAAUAAAGACGAGAAAACCAAUA